GUGUCCAUGCUCAUUUGGCCCUUACACUCGGCUGGGCGAGAUUCUUGUCGUGCCUUCUGCUCGGCUUCAUGAAUUCCAUUCGGAGCAGCAGUCAAUAUCGAGCCGUCGUGGAAGAAGGUUGUGUUUGCUCUGCGUAGGUCGGUCGGUGGUUUUAGUGGUUGGGUGUCCUGCCAGGCGACUGAGUGCGCGAUUGAUGCAAUUGUAUGCAAGAAGUAUUAAAUGCGGAGUGAAUAAAACGAGAGGUGUGGAAGGUUGAUUGCUUCGAUCGAAAGUGCGGUUCAACGCUCCCUCGUCGGCCGCCGGGCACGUGAAGUGAGGAUAUAUGAGAAUAAUUUGUGAAGCUAGGGUAUCCGAGGAGGAGUCUUUCGGGAUUCGUGUUAAUGGCGCAGUUUAUGGGAGUUGGUGAAUAGAUACGAGGAGUGUGCCGCAGGAAGCGUUAAGUGAAGUGUGUGAAAACCAGGGAAUAGUGUCCUUGUGCGAAAUUGGCGACCCUGCUCGCGUGGGGCGUGCAUGUUACACCAAGGGUCACUUGGCGUUAUGGAAGACGAACUCCGGUGCCCCGUUUGUAAGCAACUCUAUGCGAACCCUGUGCUGCUGCCAUGCUACCAUGCUCUCUGCCUGGCAUGUGCUCUAGACAUUCAGACGACCUCGACCGCAACGGGAGCUGCGGCCAGCUCAGCCGGGGCUUUGCCGCAACUACCCCCGCACCACCACCCUUCCCACCACCACUCGUCCUCGUCUGCAGCCAGCUCAGCUAGUUCCACAGCAAGUGCAACCGAGAGCGUCUCAUCCGACCAGGAUCAGGCCGAUAAGGUGAGCAUCCUGAGCGAGGCGGACUCGGGGGUGGUUUGCUACACAUCUCGGCCGGCGUCUUACGCUGGAACCCCGAACCUGCAGGCACUCUUGUUCCCACCUUCCAACGGGGCCGCUGCUUACUCACUCGCGUGUCCCGUUUGCCGUAAGCUGAUCUUCUUCGACGAGGGUGGUGCCCGGAACUUGCCACCCUAUCGGGCGAUGGAGUCGAUCGUGGAUCGUUUCUGUGAACGCGAAGCCUUGCGUUGUCAGAUGUGCGAAACUGAGCCCAGGGUGGCAUCCUUGGUGUGCGAACAGUGCGAUAUUCGGUAUUGCGAUGGGUGCCGCGAACUCUGCCACCCCGCGCGCGGGCCUUUGGCAAAACAUAAUCUGGUGAAGCCCCGCGGAGCCUCUCAGGUGCGCGAAUCUGUGUGUAGCGAUCACUCGGAGCCGUUGACAGUCUACUGCCUGGGCUGCAAAGUGCCCGCUUGCCCACAAUGCAUGUCCGACAAUCGACACAAUUCUCACGACGUGCAGCCGAUAACGUCGAUGUGCAAAGCACAAAAGACUGAAUUAUCGCAUAAUUUGCAGCAGCUGUCGGAGAAAGCUCGUUCUACCACCGAAUUCAUUCAGCGGCUAAAGGGGAUGAGCGACAAAGUGACGGACUCAUGUGUCGAAUUUGAGAGAUUGGUGACUGCACAAUGUGAUGCCUUAAUACAAGCAAUCCAUGCAAGGAGGGAAUAUUUGCUCGAGACUAUUCGAAUGGACAGGGACGCUAAAAUUAGAAUAUUAAAGGACCAGCAAUCAAACUGUACAGGAAAGCUGCAACGCACAACAAGUCUUAUUCAAUUUUGCAUCGAGGCACUCAAGGAGACUGAUAGUGCAGCGUUUUUACAAGUAGGAUCAAUGCUUAUUAAUAGAGUAGCUAAUACGGAUAUGACGUGGCAUCAAGAAGUCACGAAUGCAGCACCCAGAGUUUCUCCAAUUAUUGAUCUCACUUUAGACGAUGCUGCUAUUGUGCGUGCUAUUGACAAUCUCAAUUUCAUCCAAAUGAAACCAGCUAGGGAAGGAGACGAAAGAAUACCCGCAGCUCCCUCGGCUCCUACCAUUAUACCAGAAGAUUGCUCGGCUGAAAAUAAUUCAGUUACGGUAGCGUGGCAGGCUCCAACUCAUUCUUUUGUAGAAGGAUACGUUUUGGAGUUGGAUGACGGUAGCGGCAGUGAAUUCCGGGAAGUUUAUUGCGGAAAGGAAACAAUUUGCACAAUCGACGGUCUCCACUUCAAUUCCAUGUACAAUGCGAGGGUGAAGGCCUUCAACAGUACCGGUGAGGGGGAGUAUUCAGAGCUAAUUGGAUUACAAACAGCUGAAGUCGCUUGGUUCACUUUUGACCCGCAGCUGAGUGGUGGUCCAGGUUCCGGGCUGAUUUUCUCGAAUAAUAAUUCCACUGUCUCGGUGGAGGGUUGGGAGCAGCGGGUGGCGCUCGGGUCAGUUGGAUUCUCUAGAGGCGUACAUUACUGGGAGUUCACUAUCGACAAGUAUACAGCAGACACGGAUCCAGCCUUUGGAGUUGCUCGAAUAGACGUGGCACGAGAUAAAAUGCUUGGAAAAGAUGAAAAAGCUUUUGCAAUGUACAUCGACCGGCAACGAUCUUGGUUCCAACACAACUCGGUCCACGAGCGUCGUGUAGAAGGUGGAAUCAGCUCUGGUAGCACAAUUGGUGUACUUUUGGAUCUGGAACGUCACACCCUCAGUUUUGUAGUAAAUGAAAUGCCACAGGGGUCUGUCGCGUUUCGCGAUUUAUACGGCGUUUUUUAUCCAGCUGUGAGUAUUAACCGGGGUGUCACAUUGACGCUCCACACAGCAUUGUAUGCGCCCCGAAUGGAUUAUCACUAGAUUUAUUUCGGUCUACUUACGAGUAUCUAGAUGUAUUUUAGAUUUUUGUAUAAAAGCAUACUUAACGCGCUGUAAAUAAUAAAAAUACGUAAAAUUACAAUUGAUAUUAACAAUAGUGUGUAGAUAGUUCAUCAUUAGAGUCCCUUUCGUCUUGUCGGAGUACUUAAUUGCUUCCAUUUGAUUUUUAAAAACAUUUAGAAAACAUAUCCAGGAGAAUGUCCCACUGACAGAUUUAGUUCACUGUAAGGGUCCGUUGAAAUUUCAAAACUUUUACCCUCAUUACACUAGAACAGAAAUUUAUGAACAAAUAUAUAUUCAUAAGACAGUUAUGACGCUUGCUAAUAUCGAUGAAUAAAUUAAUAAGAAUAGCUUUUGCUGAAAAGAACAGAUAAAAGGUUUAGUUAAAUGAAAUGUUACAGUUGGGAAGGCAGGGAUAUUGGGCUGCUAAUUUCUUUAACGGGUUGGAAGCUCUUUUACCAAAAUAAGUAAGCCCCCUUAAGUCUAGAAAGAAUUUCGAGAUUUCAUUUGGUUGAUAUUUUCUAAGACGUAUUUGUUCAUCUCAAUAGAAGAACUUGUUUUAUUAAAUUAGCUCAGAUAAUACCGAAUGGGCAUUUGCAAAAAUGUCACCACUGCAAUUAACAAGGUUACUGUACAAAAUAACAUUUAGUGUAGAACGCAACUACUGUAAUAAGUGAAUGAAAGUCUACUUAAAGAUCAAUUCUUUCAUGGAGUAUUGUUUCAAUGUUUGCAUUCUGUAGAAUGGAAAUAAUCAAAAUUUAUUUAUUCAAAUAAUGUAAACCAAAGUCUAAUAUUACUAAAUAUGGAAAUAUUUAAAAUAAACAAUAAUAAGAACCAGAA